CCAUGCAUGCAUCUCUUUAGCGCCAUUUUCGUAGUUCUAUUGUAUUGAAAAUUCAAAGAAAAAAAAAAUUAAACAAAAUUAAUUGAUUUUUUUUAUUUUUUUUUAGAAUUACAAACUGAUCAUCAAAAAUGCGAAAAAAAAUUGAUGAAUUUUGUUAGCAUUCAUACAACAACAGCAUUUUCCAGAAGAACAAAGAAUUAUAUCGGGCCCAUUUCAUACCAAUACUUGACCCGAAGGCCGAACCCAAUCCUUGUAUAGUUAUUGAUCUAAUUGCAUACAAAAACCCCAACUGAAAAAGAAUUUAUUAUUUUUAGGAUUUUUUGGGUGUGGGGCCUAGAUUGAUUAUAAUUCUUGAUUUUACAAUUUGGAUUUUUUUUUUUUUGGAUUAUACAAUUUUUGCGUGAAAUUUGGAGGUGGGUCACAAAGAUUUUUUGUAAAAAGUUUUGUUUUUUAUGAAGGCCUGUUUGAAGUUGGGAGGUUAAUGUAGAAAAAAAUUGAUCAUUUUGUGUAUCAUUUGGAGAUUUGAGGGAGGGAACAAAAAGGGGUUUGUGGGGUUUAUUGUAGAUUGUAAUUCUUGAUUUUAUAAUUUGGAAGUCCUUUUUUUUUUGGAUUGUGCUAUUUUUGCAUGAAAAUUGGAGGUGGAUCAUAAAGAUUUUUGUGAAAAGAUUGAGAUUAAGACAUUUGGGAGUGGAAAGAUUGUUUUUUUUGAAGGCCUGUUUGGAGUUGGGAGGUUAAUGGUGAAAAAAUUGAUCUUUUUGUGUGUUCUUUGGGAGAUUUGAGGGAGGGAACAUAAAGGGGGUUUGUGGGGUUUAUCUAGAAUCAUUCAUGAAAAGAAUUUUUUACUUCUUUGAUGGUGAUUCAAGGGCAAAUGGGUGUGAGAGCAGUAGUAGUUCAUUUCUUUCUGUUCUUGUUUAUGUUGUUUUUCACUUUGGUAGCUGUAUCUGGAAGCAAGGAGGACUUAGAAGAUCAUUUGCUUGCUAAUGUGAUCAACUCUGUUGAGAUUAAUAGGGAUAUGGUUGAGCUAUUUUGGUUGAACUGUAAGAUAGAGUUAAUACGUGCUAAUGAAGCUGUUGAAGAUCUUGAGUAUUAUGUUGCAGAGGAAGAUUCAAGUGUGGGAGAUGGGUUCCUGCUUAAAAGUAGGUCAGAAAAACAUAAGCAUAUCGGUGACUUGCAUCCGCUGGUUAAGCAAGUCCUUCUUGGUUGUUUGAGGGAAAAAAACCUCUUGUUUCUUAUAUGUGGAGAGGAGAAGGGCUCACCAAAUUGGUAUGCCAGGUGUGUGGAGUUUCUCUUCUCCUGGCAUGGAGCUCCUAAACGACGCAAAUUGAAAGCAGCCCCUAGUCCUCCUCCUGCCUCUCCUAAGUCAAAGCCAUCUAAAUCACAAGACGACAAAAACUCAAAAAAGAAAUCUGCAGCUAAAGACAAUAAGAAAACAAACAACGUUGGAGUUCCUAUUAUAGCGGCUUGUGCCGCCAUAACUGUUCUCACAGCACUUCUGUGCAUAUGCUGCUGCUGUUGUUGUCAGUGCUGUAGGAGAUCCAAAAAGGGGUUGAAUGAUGAGAGGCCCCUUCUUAGCUUAAGCUCGAGUGACUAUUCAUCACACAAGUCAUCUGCUUUAGGAUCUUCAUUCAAUAACAAUCCCAAUGAUGAUUCAAAGAUUGAGAUACGAAGGACGGGACCAGCUGGAAUGCCUCCACUGAAACCUCCGCCUGGUAGGGUGGUUUCUUCUGCCCCACCUGCACCUCCGCCUCCUGCAAAGCCAUCAACUCCUGCACCUGCUGCACCACCUCCACCACCUCCACCACCGGGAAAGCCUUCUUCUGUUGGCUCAAAUCCUUCUACACCGGGACCUCCUCCUCCACCACCUAUGAAGCCUGGUCCUCGACCACCACCUCCUGGUGGUCCACCUCGGCCACUUUCCACGGGCUUGAAGCCACCUCGACGUUCGCAUCUUGGAUCAAAUGGAUCCUCAAGUGCUUCAACUGAGGAAGAAGAUACUGAUGCUUCCAAAGCUAAGCUUAAGCCUUUCUUCUGGGAUAAGGUUCAAGCCGACACUGACCAAUCAAUGGUUUGGCAUCAUGUCAAGGCAGGAUCUUUCCAGUUUGAUGAAGAGCAGAUAGAGACUCUAUUUGGAUUUUCCGGAGGUGAAAAAAAGAAGAAUGGGCCAAAAAAGGACCCCUCUCAAGAUGCUUAUAUUCAAAUCAUUGACCAGAAAAAGGCACAAAACUUAUCUAUUCUUCUUAAAGCCUUAAACGUGACGACUGAAGAAGUUUGUGAUGCACUGAAAGAAGGAAAUGAGCUUCCUGCUGAAUUCAUUCAAACUUUGCUUAAGGUGGCACCAACUGCUGACGAAGAACUGAAGCUGAGGAUCUACAGUGGGGAACUUUCUCGGCUUGGACAGGCAGAGAGGUUCCUGAAAGCCUUGGUUGAGAUUCCGUUUGCAUUCAAAAGGCUAGAGACAUUACUUUUCAUCUGCACACUUCAUGAUGAGGCAUCAAUGAUCAAAGAAUCAUUUGCCACCUUGGAGGCUGCUAGCAUAGAACUCCGAAAUAGCAGGCUGUUUCUCAAGCUCCUUGAGGCUGUUCUGAAAACUGGCAAUCGGAUGAACGAUGGAACGUUUCGUGGCGGUGCACAAGCAUUUAAACUUGACACGCUUCUGAAAUUAUCAGAUGUGAAAGGAAUAGACGGGAAAACUACAUUGUUGCAUUUUGUUGUUCAGGAGAUAAUCCGCUCAGAAGGUAUACGAGCUGCCCGUGUUGCCAGGGAUCUAGGGAGCUUGUCAAGCAUCAAGUCCGAUGAUCUGCUUGAGGAUUUGCCUCCGGAUACAGAAGAUGACUAUCGAAAUACUGGUUUACAAGUUGUUUCCAGUUUGAGUAGUGAUCUUGGAAAUGUGAAAAGAGCUGCAAUUCUGGAUGCAGAUAAUUUAACAGGCACAGUGGCCAAACUUGGCCAUGCACUUAUAAAAGCACGCGACUUCCUAAAUUCAGAGUUGAAGAGCAUAGAUGACAAAGAUGGGUUUUACCAGACCAUGAAGAAGUUUGUGCAGAAUGCCGAGCCUGAUGUCAUGUCAUUACUUGAGGAAGAAAAGCGAAUAAUGGCUCUUGUUAAGAGCACGGGUGAUUAUUUCCACGGAAAUGCUAAGAGGGAUGAAGGUUUGCGAUUGUUUGUGAUUGUUAGGGAUUUUCUCGUUAUUUUGGAUAAGGUAUGCAAAGAGGUAAAAAAUGCUCCAAGAAAGAUAAAUAGCACACCAAGGAGUUCAGAAUCCACCCUUUCACAGCGACCUGAUCAAUCCACCCCUUCACAACGACCUGGUCCAUCCGUCCCUUCACCAAGACCUGAUCAAUCUGUUCCUUCACAACGACCUGAUCAGCGUCAUAAGCUUUUUCCGGCUAUCGCAGACAGGCGAAUUGAUGAUUUUAAUUCAGACGAUGACAAUCCGUAAAUACUUUUUUUCUCAUCAGGUACAAGGGAUCUGAGCACACCAACUAUGCCUCAAUAUGAAUCCUUACUGUCCAUAUCGCUCCAUUUAUGCUCGUCUGAGUCUGCUAACCGCUGCUUAGGGAUCUUAGUGAACGAGGACAAUGGGAUAAAAUAUUCUUUCAUUUUGAACCCCAGGAAUGGUAGAUGGAAAUCCGGAAGAGAUUGACUCGUUGCUUGGUAGGCUAACUUGAUCGGAACAGAGACCUGACAAAAGCUUCAGUGAAUUUCAGAGAUGAUCUGCUACCUGGCUCUGCAUCGAUGUGUCCCGUCUUGCAGCUCCACUUGUCCUUAAGGAAGUAGCUAGGAUCAUUCUUUUUGUUCUUUGUAAUUAUUUUGUCAAUUUUGCUGACAAUUCUUUGUUCGAAUGGAAGUAGCGCUGUGCAUUAUUUAUUCGCGAUGUUUACACGAAAGCAAUGUAUAUAAUUUGUUCCGCCACAGGAAAUUAUUUGAUUCGUCAUUUAAAAAGUUG